UUUUUAUUUGAGUAAAUUGGUAGUAGUAUUUUCAAGAAUCAGUAACUAAUUUGUUUCCUUUUAGAAAAUAUUUCCAGAUCUAAAUCAUGUCAUUGAAUGAUGUCAUAUUAGACCAUGAAUCAAAUCAAUGUCUAUUUGUAUGCGCUAAGUGUGGAGCAGAAUAUGUUACACGAGAUAUGUUAGCUAUGCAUAUGAUGGAUAGUGCACGUGCUGGAAUGUGUGUAGAAACUGAUGCAACCACUAAUGCAUCAAAUGUGAACAAUAAUAAUAAUCACAAGACAAAUCUCUGUGAAGAUCUAGUUGAUUCAGAUAAACUUAUCACACAGAAACAUGAUGCAGUAUCAAACAAUUUUGAUCUUCCACCGUAUCGUUCUUCUUUAUCAAGUUGGAUAGGUGAAAGAACUGAACCAAUAUUUAAUAUAUUAUUCAAUCAACUCACUUUACCGAAUUUAUAUUCUAUACAAAAUUCUACACCAAUUAAUAAUAACAAUCAUAACAUUAACGAUAUAAACAGUCUUCAUGCAAAUCCGAAAAACUGUAAAUUCUUAUCAGGAUACGAAGGUAAUAUACCUUCUCUUAGAGGAUGUCAAAUAAAUCCAGAUGAUUCUUCAUCAUUUAUAGAUAUGCAAAAAAGUGAAUGUCUACAUAGUCUACUGUUGAAUUCUAAGUAUCCAACAAAUAAUAUUUCGUCAAAUAUAAAGAUGAAUUUAAUUCGAUCUUUAAAAGUUAAUGAAACUGAUGUAUUUUCAAAAUCAGCAAUAAAAGACAGUUUUCAAUUCAUGAAUGAAAAAUCUAUCUCAAACGAUAAUAAAACUAAACUGAAAAAUGUUCCUAAUGAAGUUGUAACAAGUCAAACAUCGACAUCAUCAGUGUAUUCUUUUAUAAAAUCUCUUACUGGAAGUAAUGCUAUAUCAACCUCAAAUCGUGAUAUUUCAAAAUCAUUGAAUUUCUCACCAGGCACACAGUUAACUAAUGAUGACCAAAAAUUUAUAAAUAACGUUCAAUGUAAAUCUCAUAGAGAAAACCAAGAUUUUAAUAGUCAAGAAAGUUUGAGAAUUGCUAUUCCAGAUUCAAAUGUAAAAUGUAUUGAGAACCAUAGAGUUUCUAAGUGUAGUGAGUUGUUUGAAGAUGUUAAGAGAUCUGAGAAUUUUGAUCACCCCAUCAAAAUUAAAAGAAGUCGAUCAUUGCCCUCACCACGAGGAUUAGGAAGUCAACAAAGAAAUUGUGAAAUGAAUUAUUCGGUUUUGGAAGGAAACAACCGAUUUUUGAAUACAAGUAAUAUGAACGACGGUAGUGGUGUUUUUCAUAAGAUACGACGUGAUCGCAGGUGUUAUAAGAAAUCAGGCUUUAAAAAUUUGCGUAAAGUUGUAAAUUACAAUCGAUCCAAGCUCAAUAUUUUGAAAAAUUCACAUCAUGUAUCCGAAAUGCAUCAUGAUAAAAUAGGUACGAAUUCAAACUGUUACAAUGACACAGAAACUGCUAUGAAUAUUCACAAUAACAGUGAAAUGAACAAUCAAAAUAUCAGUAAAGUUGAACACUUUCAACCAAUUUUCCCAUACAUUUGUGAAUAUUGUCAAAUCGGAUUUGUUCAGCAAGCUUUAUAUUGUUUACACAUGGGAAUGCACUGUGUAAAUAACCCAUUGAAAUGUAAUAUGUGUGCACAAAACUGUCUAGAUGUUUAUGACUUUAUUGGACAUACAAUGCAUUUUUGACUAACUGAAUAAUUAUUUAUAUUUAAUAUGCCAAUUAUUGAUAAAUGCUUAUCCUUCAAAUGUUGGUUUAUGGUUUUUGAAAUCGAAAAUCAUAUAAGUCUUUUUUAUCCCAUUACGGAUUAUUUAUAGACAGUUGAAUGUAGGUUGAUGUUAUGUAUUGAUUUAUGAAUGGAUAAUUAUAGUAUAAUUAGGUAAUGGAUACUAUCUUUUCAAUGUUUAGUUUACACUUUAAUCGUAGUGGAAUUGCUGAUGAGUUUUUGCACGAAGAGUAAAUGAAUAAUAGAAGUUUCCUGGUACUUAAUAUGACCUAUUUUCGGACAAUACUAAACUUAAAGGUAAUUUAAAUUAGAUAUUCUUAGCAAUAUUAAGCGGAAAUAUACUUCAAAGUUCAACCAAACAGCCGUGGGAAUACAUAUAAACACUGGUUUAGUACAUUUGCUUACCCUAUGAAUAGAUGAAAAAGCUUUUACUAGAAGAAAAAUCUCAAGUUUCCCUUUUUGCUUCUACAGAGAAACAAAGUACUAAACGAAUUAAAUGAAGAAACCGAAAGUGACUGAAAAGUUAUCAUUUCAAAAAGUAUGCAGUAUGAGAAAUAGAUACAACUUGUCAGCUGAAAGACACAUAAAAAGCAGUUUAUAUGUAGCCAAAAUUAUACGAACAAGAAUAACAGACGUUUGAUAUUUUAUACAUGGUUUAGAGGGAUGCUAGACUGUGUUUACGAUAAAUUUGGAUAUUAUAAUAAGAAGACGAAGAUGAUGAAGACUGUGUUGUAUAUUAUUGCAGUACAUUUUGGAUAAUAUGACUACACAUAUGCUUUUUUAUUAUUUUACAUGUGUGCAUCACCACACCUACAUAGGGAGGAGCGAAUAUGAUUUGUAUUUACCAAAAUGAUUACAAAAACAAAUAAAAUCGAAUGAUCUAGUAAUAGUAGAUGAUAAACAUCCAUCAUCUUUUGUUGUUUAACGUAGUUGAAACAAGUCAUAAAAUUGAUACUUACUCGGUUUUGAGGCUCUGCACAUAAGUGUUCAAGGUCGCAUAUCAAGGUUUAUUGAAGCCUUGAGCUUAUGAAAAUUUAAACCCCUUCAUGAGCUCAAAAAAACAGUUUCUCCUCAAACCUAAACCCACUUUGGUAAUAUUAUUCUAUUAUCCAGACUGGUUAGUUUCACAUUAUUUUCAAGAUUAUUCUCUUUACUAUCUUUGUUUUCUCUUACGUUCCACCUGUUCAGCUGACUAAUUUUUAAUUUUUCCAUAAAAAGUUUGCUAACAAGUAUUUGUGUAAUCAAACUGUUCGGAAUGUAUUGCGCAAAUAAAUCACACAGUUCAGAAAA